AGCGCCAGACCUUCCUUGCGUUCUACCCCCAAAAAUUCCAUUAUGUCACUGCAGAGCGCAGAGAUUGGCCCAAAAUGAUCUUGGUUUCCGGUUCAAUUUGAAUAAGGGGGCCGAGCCGGUUUUUGUCACCAUGGAGACCUUGAGUAAACUACAAACAGUGCAAUGCAUUGUGGUUUGAUGUCAUAUCAUAAAAAAACGCAGGUUGGCCAGAGGAGAACUGGGCGGGGAAGGUGUAAGAGGCAAAGGCCCAGCAGAGACAGAGCAGGCUGCUCUCUCUGCUGGGCUUGCACAAUAGAGUAGAAUAGAAACAAAAUGCUCAUCUGUUUUUGUUGUUUUUGUCUUAAUGUGCCAGACCGCCUAUAGAACCUUGUCUCCUUUCGCUCCCUCUGGAAACACCAAGUACUCACAUUCAGCAUUCACACAAAUGAGUCCAAAGAACAGAAUGAAGGUGGUUCUAAAACUUCAAGUGGGUAUGAAGCUAAAAAGGGAAGGAAACUGUGACUGUGAGAUGAGGAAAGCAGUCAGUGGAAAGGCGACUGCUCUGCCAUGAGCCACAAACACCCUGUGAUUUCUGUCUGCAGCGUGAUGUGUUUCACAAUUGUUUAGCAAUUUAUACAUAUCUGUAGCUUUAUGAAGGAAAACAAAACUGUUUUAUUCAACUUUAAAACAUCCAUAUGUCAUAAAGAAAAAAAAUCAAUAAAAGUGAUUAAGUGGGUAAAUAUUGGAAAAAGAAAAUCAACUGUUCCAUAGAUACCAGUAAGGUAAGCAUCAGCAACUAAAUGCUGCCUGUGGUGGAUACUCCUACCACCAGCACAUCAUGUUAGUAUUUAUUUUUUCUUUAUAUUAGUAACAUCUUAUAAUAUGCUCAAGUUAGAUAUUUCAUUUAGACAUAUAUUUUCUAAUGGUGCUCACUUUAGAUAAUGUCUGAAUGGUUUAUUCACACUUGUUCUUUUCUUUGAGGUGCUGCAAUACAAACCACCUGGAGGAGGAAACCUGGAGCACACCAUUUGUUUUUUUAAAAAACUUGAUUUUAAUUAGUUAAUUUUUGUUUGCUGGUAUCGGGAUUAGAGCUGCUGGUGACUGACUCAUCUGUUGUUAAUUGUGGUAGGAGCUAACAGCUACAUAGAGCCGCGCAGCGAAGAGAAGAUGAACGACAACAGCCUGCCCAGAAUCCUGGUGAUUCUGCUGUCAACGGCGGUUUACGUCGCUGUUCUGGUCAUUAACGCCUUGGCUGGAGCGGGCAGAGGGCCCUUUCACGUCAGUACAGGCAAUGUGUCGGCCCGCUAUGACACUGACAUCACUCCAGCUGGUUGGACCUUCUCCAUCUGGGGAGUUAUCUACACAUGGCUCACCCUGAUGGUCAUUUACAUCACUUCAUAUGUUUUCAGAGGGUCUUGGGCUCAGUCUCUGCUACCCUAUGCCUUUUAUUUCUCCUGGCUGUCCAAUAUGCUGCUGAAUAUGACGUGGCUCAUUCUGUGGGACAAAGAGUUAAUGCUUGCAGCUUUGGUUGUGUUGAUCCUGAUAGCCUUUACCAACUACAGUGCCUUGUUCUUCGUUUGCUUUGCUACAGAUUACUAUGGACUGUGGUUACAGUCAUACCAUAGAAAGGAUUUGGCCUGCCUCAGAAUCCUGGUCCAGAACGGCUUGGCUGUCUACACCACAUGGAGUUCUAUUGCCUCUCUGCUCAAUUUCUCUGUGGUUCUCCAACUGUGGGGUGUAGACAAGAGCACAGCAGCAACCAUCUCUUUGUGCAUUCUUUUUGCAGAGUUGUUGGGAUGGUUUGUCCUGGAGAACUGGGUGCUGGACCGCUGGGUGCGCUACAUUCUGACAGUGUAUCCUGUAGUUAUCGUGGCUCUGGUUGGAAUCAUCUACAGGCAUUUUAACCCGGCUGACCCCACUCCAAACACUGUUUUUAUGGUGGUGCAGCUGGUGGUGGCCUGCAUCCUGUUUGUUUCCAGAGUCUGCUCAGUCAUCUGGAGGAACAAGUGGAGGCCUCUACACUCAUCAGGUUCAGCCCGACUAAUUAUGUCCCCACUUGAUGGCCACAAGUUUGGGAUCUUUAACUAAGAAAAUUAUUUUUCAAUCUACUUCACUUGUUUACACAUGACCAUGUCUUCAUUGGGGAUAAAAUGGUCUUUUGCUUGACUUAUUUUUUUUUAAUAAACAGCUCUCCUUUUGCUCCUAAUAAACAUGAAACUACCUUUCUCAGUAGAAAUGUCUGAAAUCUUAAUUAUUACUAUAACAUUUUACUACAUGUACCACUUUAUAAUAGUUUUGAAAGCAUUAUAUAAUUUGAUCCAAAUUAUUUUACUGCUUUAUGUAUUGCACUUCCAAUGUUUUUAUGUUUGUUUAUUUGUUAUGUUCACUAUAAUGGAAUGGUAUAUGAAGUAUUCAAGCUUUUUAAAACAAUAAAAAUCAUAUGUUUUGUAUGGA